AUGGAGGAGGUGGAGGAAUGGAAGAAACGACCUUCGGAGGCCGCUCUCCAACGAAAGGCCAUCCGCUUGGAAAGGCGCGCCGGUCGGACGCACUUCGACGAGAAGCGAGGCAUCGGCAAGGUGUGUGAUUGGUUUCCAAAGCGCGGCUUUGGAUACUUGCUUUGCGGCUCCCCGCCACAGAAGCUCAUCUUUAUGGCAAAAGACGUUCCACAAGAAUACCUGAACGCCAACGAUGGCAAGGUGCCCAUGGAGACAGACGUUGAGUUUUCCCUUGUUGGCACCUUCAGGGGGAGGCGGCUAGCGAAAAACUUGGUUUUUCCGUCGGCUGAGACCUUCGCAGAGCUUGGGCUCAAGCCCGAGGUCGUCGAAGGAGCUGCCAACUCUUUAGGUCUAGACCCGCGCGAGAACCCUGAAGCUCCACAGCUCCUGGCUCCAGCACCAGUGCAGCAGGAAGCCAUCCCGUACAUUCUCAAUGGCGACAACAUUGUCAUCGCUGCGGAGACGGGAUCGGGGAAGAGCCUCGCGUACAUGCUACCAAUGGUACAGAUUGUCCAAGGAAUGGCGCAGGCCAGGAACAUGGACUACGGGUUGGCUUAUCGCGCAGGCUGUCCACUUGCCUUGGCGAUUUGUCCCACUCGGGAGCUGGCGAUCCAGGCGUACAAGACCCUGAAGCUGAUCAGCCAUCAUGCAAGGUGUCGAGUGCGCCUGGUUCAUGGUGGCUCCAUGACCUGGAGGAGGCAGAGGCAAGAGAUCUCACAGGUGGUGGACAUCCUGGUCUGCACGCCAGACAGGGAGACACCCAAGCUACCCACAUCUACCUACCCAUAUGUGUCCUUCCUUAAAGUGACACCUCACUUGGCUUCCCCAUGCCAUGCGCCAGCCCGGAUGGCCUUUGCCCAGGCUGAAGGAUCACGGGACGAAUGUGGGCUCGGGAAGUGGUGCGGGAUUGUGCUGACACCAGGCCGCAUCCCCACAGCGCUGCGGACGGCGCUGGCGCCGCGGGUUGCGCUGGUGCCAUGGAGGGAUGAGAGUGAGAGCCUCCAGAGCGAGGCAUGCCGCGAGUGCCAGGGUUUCCUGCGGGUGUCUCAGCCUUCGAGCAAGCUGGGACCAAGCGAGGGCCGCUUCGAGAUUUCUUGGGAUCUGGAGAGCGCCUGGAGGUGGACCGUCCAGGUGCUUCUCCCGCCAGGUCCCUUGAAGUCAGGCUGCGAGACAUGCGACUGCGUCACGCCCAGGCCUGCUGUGAGCUUCCUCGGGUUUCCGGAUGUUUCCGGCGAUGUAGAGGUCAUGCGAGAGGGCCCCUCGCAGCCCAAGCCCAUCCCAGCGACUACGACUGCGGCUGGGCCACUUGGGCCGCUCUCCGAGGCGGCGCUGCCUUGUCCUUCCAGUCAACCACGGUGGAGCGGCAAGGAGAGAGAAAAACCAUGCAGAAGCCCGGCAUCGCGUGAGGUCCAGGAGCGGCAGGAGCAGCAAGCAGAAGGCGAACUUCAGCGGCUGCGAAAGGAGCUUGAGACGCUUCGGACCACUGCCACCGCCUCGGUGGAAACCUUGGCCACAGCGCGCAAGGAUUUUCUGGAAGAGCGCCAGCAGUGGCAGGCUGAGCGAGCAGAGCUGCAGAGAUGUUUGCAGGAAGCCCAGCAGAAAUGCGAUUCGAUACCCGGACCGCAGCGUGAACCGCAAGGCCCGGUGCAGCUGGACAUGCUUUCUGCCGGGCAGUGGCUGGCGCAGCUCCUGCCCGAGGCCAAGGCCAGCAGAGCUGGCCAAAAGGCUCCAGAGGUCUUGCUGGACUUAGCCGGUGCCUGGUCACCCUUGGCUCGAGCACUUCCUCGACGCAGCCGCAGUUGUGCACAGUCUCUGCACUUCGGCGUGUUCUUUGGAGAUGACAGGCAAACCCCGGUGAGGCUUUCGUCCGCCCUGCUGUGUCCGGAGGUGCUGUCGUGGGCACCCUCUGGCACUGAGGCCUUUUCUGCAGGAAGCGUUGACAGACGGGCUUUUCAGGCAGACCUAUGCCGUGCACAUGAGCGAUUCAUGGCCGGCGUCUUCGCACCAUGGGCAAAGGCGCAGGAGGAGAGUGGGCACCAGCGUGUCGCGUGGCUGCUGUGCAAUGAGGGAGAGGCUUUCACCCUCAGCCAAGCCAUGCUGGACUUUGGCAAGGCAGCUGGCCUCGACGAGAGAUGGCGCUCCACCGUCCUCGUUGUGGAUCGAGCCAAGUCCUGCGAGUCGGAGCCAGCGGUGGAGGCGCUGGCACUUGCUGACGGCGCUCGGCGGAUGGUCUUUGACAUGGACAUUCGGCUGGAAGAAGUAGCUUAUGUUGCCAUUGACGAGGCCAGAAAGCGACUUGACACGAGCAGCGGACAGGUCCUGAUUGAUUUCGAUUCCAGGAAGCCUUCUUGUGAUCUCUCGCAGCAUCUCAAGCAGGCUGACUUCCUCCUGACCCAGGGCUUCGACGAUUUGUACACAGUUUUGGAGAAGGUGGACCAGGACUCCAGGCACAGCAGGAGUCGGGGUAGCUAA